AUUCGUUGAGAAAAAGACGGGAAAAAGGUAAGAUUUUUUGGUUCCGUCUACAUAGAGUUUAGAAUUGAAAUUGUCUUCGUUCGCUUUUUCAAUUGAUCAUCAUCGCAAUUCUUCUCCUUCGUCAGUCGAUCGAUCAAGGGUUUAUAUAUUGUUGAGAUAAAGGAAAAAGAAGAUGUGGGCAGCUUCUUGCCUAGCGUCUUGCUGCGCCGCCUGCGCAUGUAACGCAUGCCAGUCUGUGGUGUCAGGGAUCAGUCGUCGGUCUGCUCGGCUUGCAUAUUGUGGGAUUUUUGCUCUUUCUUUAAUUGUGGCAGGGAUUCUUAAGGAGGUUGCUGCUCCUCUUAUGGAAUCCAUCCCAUGGAUUAAUCACUUUCACCAAACACCCAAUAGAGAAUGGUUUGAAACAGAUGCUGUUCUGAGAGUUAGCUUGGGGAACUUCUUGUUUUUCACCAUUCUAGCUUUUAUGUUGGUCGAUGUGAAAAGUUCCAAGGAUCCUCGUGAUAGUUUGCAACAUGAUGGAUGGAUGAUGAAGAUUAUUUGCUGGUUUAUUUUGGUGAUUCUGAUGUUUUUCAUUCCUAAUGGAGUCAUCAGCUUUUACGAGUCGGCUUCGAAAUUUGGUUCUGGAUUGUUUCUUCUUGUUCAAGUUGUGCUUCUGCUAGACUUUGUUCAUGGAUGGAAUGACAAAUGGGUUGGUUAUGAUGAGAAGUUCUGGUAUGUUGCUCUUCUUAUUGUCUCCGUUGUCUGCUAUGUUGCCGCGUUUUCCAUCUCCGGUCUUCUCUUUUACUGGUUUACCCCAUCAGGACACGAUUGCGGGUUGAACACAUUCUUUAUCGUGAUGACUCUGAUUUUUGUUUUUAUUUUUGCCCUGGUCACGUUACACCCUUCUGUAGGGGGAAGUAUUUUGCCAGCUUCAGUAAUAUCAUUGUACUGCACAUACCUCUGUUACAGUGGACUCGCCAGUGAACCGAGGGAUUUUGAAUGCAAUGGACUCCACAAGCAUUCACAAGCUAUUUCCACAAGCACAGUUGCCUUGGGACUGUUUACAACUGUUCUUUCUGUAGUCUACUCAGCUGUUCGUGCUGGUUCUUCUACUACCCUUCUUUCCCCGCCAAGUUCACCCCGUGCUGGUGCCGGGAAGCCUUUGCUACCUUUAGACAAGGCAGAUGAGAAGGAAGAACAACAGAAGGCAAAACCAGUGACAUAUUCGUAUUCGUUUUUUCACCUCAUCUUCUCCCUGGCCAGCAUGUACUCAGCCAUGCUUCUAACCGGAUGGUCAACAUCAGUUGGAGAGAGCGGAAAGUUGGUUGAUGUUGGCUGGGCCUCGGUUUGGGUUCGAAUCGUUACUGGAUGGGCAACAGCAGCUCUGUUCAUCUGGUCUAUGGUUGCUCCUAUUCUCUUCCCAGAUAGAGAUUUCUGAGUAAUCAAAUGUGCUAUUCUAACUGUAUCUAUUAUCUUUUUAUCACGUUAUUGAAGUUUUUAUUUUCUGUGGGUGUGCGUUUUCUAUGAACAAUACUGCUGGUUUUAUGAGCCUUUGAGCAGAUUUCAUAUUUAAAAUAAAGCUCAUAAGAAGGUUCGAUUGUAAAUUUGAUACUAAGUGUUUAUUAUUAUUAUGUU